UAAUUUCAGGUGAAAAUUUGAAAAAAAAUUACGCAAAAGAAAACUAUCAAGCAUGUCUUUAUUGUCAACUUUAUUUGACCAAUCGUGGUCCAAUCCUUUCAAAUCUCCAUUCACUUCAGUUCAGUGUAAAGAAACAACCACAUCUUCAGUUACCGAUAAAUCAGUUAUAGAAAGUCGAACAUUCGAUCCAAAAUAUGCAGAAUUAGUAUCGAAAUAUUCGAUAGGAAUUGCAGCAGCAACAUCUGAACAAGGUGAUUCUUGCGAAUUUGCAUCGAAUAAAUAUUAUGCAUUAUGCGCUAUCGGAGGCAUAUUGGCUUGUGGGCCAACACACACUGCUGUAGUACCCCUUGAUUUAGUUAAAUGUCGAAUGCAAGUAGAUCCUGCCAAAUAUAAGAAUCUAAUCCAAGGGCUAAAACUUACUCUAAAAGAGGAUGGUGCGAAAGGUUUAGCUAAAGGUUGGGCCCCAACAUUAAUUGGAUAUUCAAUGCAAGGUGCGUUCAAAUACGGUUUAUAUGAAUUAUUCAAAGUAGAAUACUUAAAAUUAAUGGGAGAAGAAAAUGCAUACACAUACAGAGUUGCAUUAUAUUUAGCUGCUUCGGCAUCAGCUGAAUUUUUCGCAGAUAUUGCUUUAAGCCCAAUGGAAGCUGCUAAAGUGAAGAUUCAAACCACUCCCGGAUUUGCUAAUACAUUACGUGAAGCUCUUCCUAAAAUGAUGAAAGAAGAGGGUUUAACUGCAUUCUAUAAAGGUGUUGUACCUUUAUGGGGUCGACAAAUUCCAUAUACAAUGGUGAAAUUCGCAUGUUUUGAAAAGACAAUGGAAUUAUUAUACUUAUAUGUUGUACCAAAACCACGCGAGGAAUGUACAAAAGCUGAACAAUUGGCGGUUACAUUCACGGCCGGUUAUAUUGCUGGUGUAUUUUGUGCUAUUGUUUCACAUCCAGCCGAUACAGUUGUUUCAAAAUUGAAUCAAGCUAAAGGGGCAACAAUUGGUGAUAUUGUUAAGAAAAUUGGUUUUGCGGGAUUAUGGGGUGGUUUAGGUACUAGAAUUGUUAUGAUUGGUACAUUAACUGCAUUACAAUGGUUUAUUUAUGAUGGUGUGAAAGUAGCUUUAAGAAUUCCACGACCACCGCCAGCAGAGAUGCCAGAAAGUUUAAAAAAGAAAUUAGAACAAGGGGCUCCAUAAUAUUCCAAUUUGUAGCCUUAAAUCAAUUACUUAGUUCAAUUUUAAUGUAUAUCAGUAUUUAUGUAUUUUAUUUCUAUGAAAAAUAAAUUCGGAAAACUACCAACUCGAA